GCUGGGAUUUGUUAUUAAUUAUUAUUUUUACCCACUCAUUAAUUUAUUCUCCCCGCCCCCACUCUUACCGGCUUGGAUUUUCCCUCCGCUGCCCGGCCAGUUUGGAUUUUGAAAGCGGUGGAAAGAAGGAAAGGGAUCCAAUCCCCACCCCGAUCCCUCCCAGUUGCAGGAGAACAGAACCAGGGAUCCAAAGCGGGGAUCGCCCCCCCCCUUCCCCUGAAAGGAAACUCCAGCUUGGGAGCAGCCGCAGGAAACCAACCCGAAGACUGGAAAAUGCAUUGAAACUUUCGGGCAAACUUUUUUUGUGUGCGCGCUUGGGUUUUUCUUACCUCUCCAAGGGGAAAUCUGUUACAAAUCGGUGCCGUUUGGAAAGUGGAUUGUCCCUCCGGAGAUCAGAUCGGAACCGGGCCGGACGGAGGAGGCUGAGCUUUGUGCAGGGAACAAGAGAGAGGGAGAGAGAGAGAGAGGAAAAAAGGGGGGGUGUCUGUUCCUUUGGCGGUUAGAGAGCCGGGCUCAUGGAGGGGUGAAACCCGAGACUGAAGAGUUCCCCACUGGCCGCAAGCUUUGCAGAAAUCGCCCAGGGGAGCGGCUCCAGGAGAGGGAGGACGAGGGCACGGAGGAGUAGCGAGAAAGGGAAGGAGACAGGCGGCCAGAGAGAGACGGCAAAAGCUCAGCAAGCCACCCCCCUCCCCCGACCUGCUUCAGGAAUCAUGAACUUUCUGUUCACUUGGAUCCACUGGGGGCUGGCGGCGCUGCUCUAUCUCCACAACGCCAAGUUGUCGCAGGCCGCUCCGACCCUGGGGGAUGGGGAGAGGAAACCGAAUGAAGUUAUCAAGUUCCUGGAAGUCUACGAGCGCAGCGUCUGCAGGACGAUUGAGACCCUGGUGGACAUUUUCCAGGAGUACCCCGAUGAGGUGGAGUAUAUCUUCAAGCCGUCCUGCGUACCCCUGCUGAGGUGUGCAGGCUGCUGCGGUGACGAGGGCCUAGAAUGUGUCCCCAUGGAGGUGCACAACGUCACCAUGGAGAUAAUUAGAGUUAAACCCCUUCAUGGUCAGCACAUAGUGCACAUGAGCUUCUUACAGCACAGUAGAUGUGAUUGCAGACCAAAGAAAGACGUCAAAGCUAAACAAGAAAAAAAAUCAAAGCGAGGAAAGGGGAAGGGGCAAAAGAGAAAGCGCAAGAAAAGCCGGUACAAACUGCUCAGCUUUCACUGUGAGCCUUGCUCAGAGAGGAGAAAGCACUUGUUUGUACAAGAUCCCCAGACCUGUAAAUGUUCCUGCAAAUUCACAGACUCACGUUGCAAGUCGAGGCAGCUUGAGUUAAACGAGCGCACUUGCAGAUGUGACAAGCCGAGACGGUGAGCAGCGGAGAAGAAGGGGGAACAGCCCUGUUUCUGGAGCUUGAUUUCUCGCCUGGACGGAAAAAGAAAGAAAGAAAGGAAAAAAACAAAAACCCUAAUCCAAAUGAACCCUAAAAUGAAGGAUCAGUAGAGCACAGCACUUUCAGUACGGACAAUGGACUCCGGAAGGAACAUUCCCCGAGGCACCCGCCGCACAGGGUUUUGAACUUUGUUUUUUUUUUUUUUUUUCCUUUUCUUGCUGCUAAA